AUGUUGAAACCUCUCACAUUUCCAAUAUUUUUUCUAAUUUUUGCGAUUCAAAUCGAAUGCCAAUCGCCACAGGAAAUCAACGCGAUUCUAAAAUGUCACAAUGAAAUUCGAAAUCAAAUCGCAAGUGAUGGAUUUCCAUGGAAAACUGAAUUAAGAGUAUCAAAUAUGAGAAAAAUGUUAUGGUCGGAAAGAUUGACAAAUAUUGCAUCUGAAAAAUUGGAGGCGUUUCGAGAGAAAAAUGCCGAAGAAAUUCAACCAUGGACAAGUUUUAAGAUUUUUCAAUUUCCAGAAUAUUUGAAAAAUCAUUCGGAAAUCAUUGAAAAAUGGUGUGAACAUCGGAAAACGGAGAUUUUUAAGAAUAAAGAUUUGCUGAUUUCAAAUUCUGAUGAAGCUUUGCAAAUGAUUUUUUCAAAAAACGAAGAAAUUGGUUGUGUUUUGUAUACGAAUAAACGUAAACAACAAUCAAUGAUUGGAUGUGAAUAUUUGAAUUUAUUGGCUGAAAAUAUGAUUCCAGAUGAUGUUUUUCAAAUAGGAGAAGCUUGUGCUAAUUGUAAAUGUUCGCAACAUUCAGAAUUUGCCAAAUUAUGUGUGACAGAAGAAGAAGAAAAAAUAACAGAAUUGGAGGAAGAUUCAAGUUCUGAGGAAUAUUCGAGUUCGGAGGAAAUUUCGGAGACGCCUUUAAGCUCAAAUGGUCCCAAGAAUUCAGAAAAACAAUCAGUUGAGCCUAUGAGGGUUUCCAGAACGGAGCAGAUUUUGAUUGGAAGUUCAGGAGAGGUGAAUUCUGCGGAAAGCUCCUAUGGUCCCCGGAAUUCAGAAAAACAAUCAGAUGAGCCUACUAGGGUUCCCAGAACUAAAUAUGAGCGAGAAGAAAGUCCUGAAAUUCCUCCGAAAGGAUCUGAAGAAGCUAGGAAGAAAAUCGAAUCAAAAUUGAAUUUGGACAAUGCUGGAAAACAUCAGGGUCCUAGAAAAUCGAAGAAUCUACCUAAAAUUGAUUUUGAUUUUGGCAAAAGUUCAGGCUCCAGAAAAUCCAUAAAUUCUGAUGAGGAAGAUGAAAAAAUGGAGAAAACGAGAAUUCCGAGCUCACAAGAAUCAGAAAAAUCUAGAACUCCCAAAGUUGAUCUCAAAAAAUUCGACAAACUUUUCGAACCAGAGGAAUCUAGGAUGAAACUCCCGACUCCAAUUUGGCCUAAAAGUGAUUUUGGAAAAUCCGGAGAGAACAUUUUGAAAAAGAUCAUGGAGGCAAAGUCGAAAUCGAAAUCUAGAAUUGUUGAAGACUCUGAAGAAUUUGUGGCCAAACUUGAGAGUUCUGAAGAAUCGGUGAGAUUUGAAAAGGUCAAAGUCAGAACUCCCGAAACGCGAAUCAAAACUGAAAUUCAAGCCCCAAAAUUCCGCCUAGAUGAUGAUUCCAGAGAAGCUCCAAAAAAGUUCCAAGCAAAUGUUGAAGAGGAAGAAUCGGAGGAGUUUCUCAUGACAGCCAAAGAUUCUAGGAAAACUGAAGUUCCAAGAGUUCUACCUCAAGAUGAUGAUUCGAGAGAAGCUCCUAAGAAGUUCCAGGAAGAAUCGGAGGAAUUCAUUGUGACAGCCAAGGAUUCUAUGAUUUCAACAAAUAGAGUUGAAAAUGAAGUUCCAAGAGUUCUACCUCAAGAUGAUCCGAUUGAAGAUCAGGAACCAUCUUCUCAAGACAAAUGGCAACCAAAAUCGCAAAACUAUGUAUCACGGCAUUUUGAGCCAUCAACUGAAAAACCACCAGAAGCAAAUCUGAAGGAUAUAGGAGUCCAUGUUGAAAAAGCGAUAAAAGAUCCGAAUUAUAUCAAAGAAUCAGCAAAAGAAUAUGCCAAAAACAAACUUGGUGAACAAAUGGGAAAAGUUGCAGUAGGUGCUUUAGGACAAAUUCCAAUCGCUGCAAAAGUUGUCGAAAAUCCGCUUGUGAAAAAAGUACUGGAUGUAGCAGUUGUUAAAACUGCAAGUGAAGUUGUCGAUACUGUAGUUCCAGUUGUUUUGGAUGCUGGAAAAGCAGCGGGUGGUGCAGUUAUAGGUGUGGCCAAAAAAAUACCAGUGAUUGGGAAAGGUGUUGAAGCAUUUGAUAAUUAUGUGUUGAAACCUGCACAGAAAGUGGCGGAAGUAGGAGUUGGUAUAGGGAAAAUUGGAGUUUCUGCCGGCUUGGGAGUCGCUUCGAUUGGUUUGAAAGUGCUGGAUAGGGUGAAUCCAUUGUCAUGA